ACACAGGAAAACAAACAGAACUGCACAGACUGGGAAAGGGAGUUUAUAACUUCACAAUGGAUCUCUCAGGAACUGGAACAUUAUUUUUGAUCUUCUGCCUUACUUUUCUGAUAUUUUAUAUAAUGCGGAUAAGGAACAAAAAGCUGCAGGGAAUGCCACCUGGGCACAAGCCGCUGCCUCUACUGGGGAACAUAUUACAGCUUGAUAUGCAAGAACUGCCACAGUCAUUAUCAAAGCUUGCAAAGGAAUAUGGAUCUGUGUUCACUGUCUAUUUGGGGCCAAGACCAACUGUUAUCUUGUUUGGUUAUGAUGCAGUCAAGGAAGCUCUUGUAGACAACGCAGACAUUUUUGGCGAUAGAGGAAAAGCAAUUGCUGCAAAGAUUCUGUUUAAGGAUUACGGAAUCGUUCUCAGUAAUGGCGAAAGAUGGAAACAGCUCAGGCGAUUUUCUCUCACCACAAUGAGAAAUUUUGGGAUGGGAAAGAGAAGCGUAGAGGAGAGAAUCCAAGAGGAAGCGCGGUUUCUUGCAAAUGAAUUUAGGAAGAAAAAAGAUUCUCCUUUUGACCCCACCUAUCUUCUUUCCUUGGCCGUUUCUAAUAUAAUCUGCUCUAUCGUGUUUGGUGAGCGUUUUGAAUAUGAAGAUGAGAAGUUUUUGGGUCUUCUGUCCUUGUUGAAGGAAAUCUUUCAGGUCGUAACCUCAUUUACAGGCCAGAUGCUCAAUAUAUUUCCUAAGCAGCUUCAAUACAUCCCUGGACCUCACCAAAAAAUGUUCAGGAACCUUAGGCGCCUGAAAAGCUUUGUGAUGGACAAAGUGAAAGAGCAUAAGGAAACUUUGGAUGAAAACUGUCCAAGGGAUUAUAUAGACUGUUUUCUAACAAAAAUGAUGGAGGAGAAGGACAACCUCAACACAGAAUUUCACCAUGAAAAUCUCUUUAUUAGCGUAAUUAAUCUGUUUUUUGCCGGAACAGAAACCACAAGUAUGACUUUACGACACAGUCUGCUCAUUCUUCUCAAGUAUCCAGACAUUAGACAAAAUAUCCAAGAGGAGAUUGACCGGGUUAUUGGACAAGAUCGAUCUCCUUCAGUUGAGGAUAGGUCUAAAAUGCCAUACACAGAUGCAGUUAUACAUGAAAUCCAGAGAUUUGCUGAUAUUACUCCCCUAGGACUCCCACAUGCCGUGUCUCAGACAACCACAUUUAGAGGCUAUACAAUACCCGAGGGAACAACGGUGAUCCCUCUAUUGACAUCUGUGUUGAAGGAUCCUAAACAUUUUAAGAAUCCAAACACUUUUGACCCAGGGCACUUUCUUGAUGAGAGCGGCUGCUUGAAGAAGAAUGAAGCCUUCAUGCCAUUUUCUGCAGGGAAGCGGAUUUGCCUGGGUGAAGGCAUGGCUCGUAUGGAGUUAUUCCUCUUUUUAACCUCCAUUCUGCAAAGGUUCAACCUAAAAUCAGAAGAUGACCCACAGAGCAUUGAUAUCUCUCCUCAACCCAAAAGCAACAGCGCCGUCCCCCGUCUCUACAAAUUGAACAUGCUGGAACGUUAAUCCUGACCUUCUCUUGAAAUUAUCUUGGUAUUUGCUGCUGUUUAUAAUGUGUGUCUACCAACUUAAGACUUGAACUUAAUUGAGCUAGAGUUAAGCGAAGAUAGUUGAUAGAGCAGCAUUACAUUUCUGGGAGCUAGCUGAGCACAUUAGGUCAGCCAAUGACAAGUGGCAUAUAUGUGCAGCCGGCUAUCAACACCUAGCUCCCAGUAGUGCAUUGCGGAUCCUGAGCCUACCUAUGUAUGUUUUUCAACACAGGAUACCACAAAAAGCAAAUUAGAUAAUAGAAGUAAAUAGAAAUAUUGUUUAAAAUUGAAUGCUCUUUUUGAAUAAUGGAACUUUAAUUUUGAUUUUACUGUCCCUUUAAGAAACACUAGAUAAGAAAUAACCAGUUAUGUCAUGGUAGCACGUUAGAAAUUACUUACAUUUUCUAAAAAUAUAAAAAAUAAAUGACUGAAAAUAUGCAAAAGUGUUCUCUAAAUUUCUUUACCUAAUAUUGACAUUGAAAGAGGCCUUUCUAUUGCAUCAAUCUGUGAGACUUAAACCUGUGAUUUGUCAGAUGACUUGUGUAUAAAAGGACAUCCUCUUUAUGAUUAAUUGUAGACAUUAACGACUGCCUAAGGCCUCACUCAUGAUGGGGCCUCGCAGAGGGGCGUAGAAUAAAUAUUCUUUGUUUUCUUUUUCUGCCCCUGGAAUGUUAAUAAUUUUUGGUAAUAUAGUGGCCCUGUCCAUUAACAUUCACCUGGCACAGCUGGAUAUUCUAAAGUGCACAGACUCUUUCACAACUGCAAGUUUUCUGGAUGUCCUCAUUUCGGUCCAUCCUCUCCCUGCAACCUGUCAGUGCUGUCAGCUUCAGCAUACUCAGGACGCAGAGGAGACACAGGCAGCAAUAAACAUGUAGAAGGGAAAGGGGAACAGCAUUUUAAUCAUUUAACCCCUCCUAUUUCCCUUUCUCUUUUCCUUGCAUUAUUAUUGAGAGAUUUGGUAAAAUGGAAGACCAAAACAUAAAUUAUCUAAAAUUCUAGAGGGGCCUCUGCUGUAGAUCUAAUGUAGUGCACUCAAUAACACAAGGAUUAUUACUUAAAGGGACAUUCUACAACUUAGUUAUCUUAAAGUCUUUACCUUAGGUUAGGUUGCACCCCUUUCUAUAUCAUGCAGCAGGAAUGAUAAAAAAGUUAUUUUAAAAUUAUUAUUGUUUCUGGCCACUUUGAAAUGGCUGUCAAGCUUGCCCUCUAAUGAUAUCACAAUCUAGGGCUUCAUAUGGCGUCCAAUCACAAAAGUCUCACUAGUUGGAUUCAACAGACUGCCAAUGCUAUUCAGCAGAGUGCCUAGAUGCUGCCCAGAUUGUGAUGUCAUCAGUGGGUAGAGCUUGACAGCCAUUUCAAUGUGGCAAGAAACAAUAUUAAUUUUAAAAUAACUGUUUUACUGUUCCUGCUGUAUGAUAUAGAAAGGAGUACAGGAGGCUAUUUGCAGCUUAAAGGGACACUGAACCCAAAUUUUUUCUUUCGUGAUACAGAUAGAACAGGCAAUUUUAAGCAACUUUCUGAUUUACUCCUAUUAUAAAUUUUUCUUCGUUCUCUUGCUAUCUUUAUUUGAAAAAGAAGGCAUCUAAGCUUUUUUUUGGUUCAAGACUCUGGAUAGCACUUUAUAAUUGGUGGAUGAAUUUAUCCACCAAUCAGCAAGGACAACCCAGGUUGUUCACAAAAAAUGGGCCGGCAUCUAAACUUACAUUCUUGCAUUUCAAAUAAAGAUACCAAGAGAAUGAAGAAAAUUUGAUAAUAGGAGUAAAUUAGAAAGUUGCUUAAAAUGUCAUGCUCUAUCUGAAUCACGAAAGAAGAAAUGUGGGUUAAGUGUCCCUUAAAUCUAAUGUAAGACUUUAAGAUGACAAAGGUGUAGACUGUCCCUUUAAAGGGACACUGUAGUCAAAAAACAAAGUUAGAUAUUUGAAAAAAACAAUGAUUUAAUUAGCAUUUUUGCAAUAUAAAAAAGUUGUUAAAAUUGAGAGUGAACUUGCCUGUGUUGUCAUUCCCUGUUAUCAGCUGUAUAAUACACAGUAUUGUUCCUUCCCCACACACCUCACUAUUUAGCUGAUUCCUACCUAUCAUUGGCUGUAACAGUACUAGCUGUAGACAGUAUAUAGUGUACACCUGACAUCACAAUCUUGGAUAAUUCUUUUUGUACUUUUCCAUGCUUAGUACGGAAUACAAAUUGGAUCACAAAUUUGCUUGCCACAACUAAUUGAUAAUUACGACUUUAUCCUAUUACUAACUGAUAUGCAAGCUUCAGAUCAUAGCCCAUGAUCCUGGAUAUAAUUUAUGACGCAGCACCCGGAUGUACACUUGUGAUGCGUGAAGAGCUGAGAACGUUCUUAUCUUUUCCUCAAGAAUGUAUUGGAGGGGAUGUAACAGGAUUUCAUUAACCCUGUGAUAACCUGUGCUUGUAAAUGUAAUUUUUAUUUAACAAUGCAUAACUUUGCAAAUAAACUUUGUUUAUAGCAUGCUUGUCUCACUAAAAGCUGCUAUGUAAAUGUUAGUUUGCAUAUUAACAUUGCUAUAAAAUGUUUGAUUAAAAACUAUACUAACAGUAAGAAAUACAUUCUUUCAGAAAGACACUUAUAACUUACUAUAAAUUAAAGAUAUCUUUUAAAUCUUUCAUAUACAACUCCUAUAGAUAAAGGAGUAUAACCUUACAUAUAUAACAUGUUUAUAAAGGAUGUAUAUAAAUCUUUCAUAUGCUUAUCCUGCAAUAUUCAAAUAUAUGUUUUAAUAAAGUUCUUUAACAAUAUAUAAGAUUUAUAACUAUGUUUAGUGGAAUUAAAACAGUAACAAAUGAUGUUAUAUGAUUUUCUGUACUGAAACUAAAAUGGAGGAUUGUUUAACCUUGUAUUAGAAAAUCCUAAGAUGGAUGCUCAUUGCAAUAAUUACAAGUGCAUAUGUCUAAACUCUUGUAUAAAAGAUUUUCAAGGCCACGUUGUUGACAUACAAAACUGUUGAUAGGAAAAGCUAGACAAGUUUUGUUGAUGUUAUAAUGAUGCUAAAAAUACAUAUAAAAAGAAAACAAUAAAUGACAACGUCAUCCAAAUAAAAAAAACUAUAAAUACACCUUGUUGUAAACAUGAGGCAGGUGACUCUGACAGGAUAUUAUAGAGCAUCUCUAAGGAUAAGAUUUGGUUGCAAAGAUGUCAUUUCGAGUAGUAUGUAAACAAUUGUUAUUGAAAGCAAGUUUAUUUGAUAGUCUUUUAACUCUGUGUGUAUUUUGGAUCUAAAUGAUUUUAAUUUUAUAUUACUUCUGUAAGCUGAUUUUUCUGUAUAAUAAAAAUUUAUUUUUAAACAA